GAGAGCUGUAAGCGGCGUGGUGAGCUGCAAAGGUCAAGACCUAAAAUUAAGAAGGUGAUCCACUGGGGACAAUGGGAUCUCAAGUGUCAACCAAAGAAAAAGAUAAAGUGUCAGCAGAAGAAAAAGCUAUAGUGAAUGUAUGGAGCUUUAUGUUGGACCGCCGAGGGAUAAAAUGUGAUAAAAAGGAUCUGCAUACUUUAUUGCAGUGGUGUAGGAACCAUGGGGUAGAUGCCACCAUAGAAACUGCAUUUCUUGUUAAAAUCUGGGAACGGGCUGGUGAAUUGAUUUUUGAAUCAGCCUCUCGAGGUGAUGACACUGCUAAAAAUAUUAUGCCCACCUCGAGGCGGUUGCUGGGCGCUUUGAAACUGCUGCAACUUGAGCAAAAUGCAAAACCAGCAGCUGAGGCACCACAGACUCCACCUGCCAAGACACCCGGUGAUGGUGGAGCUCAGGAGGGAGCGCUUGGGGGAGUAGGUGCCACAUCAAGUUCACGAGUGGAAAGGGCGGGUGAAAAAGCAGAAGGGAAGCAGCUGUCAUCUGCGCCUGCCAUCCCUGCAACUCCGCCUGCGCCCUGUGCUCCUGCACCUCCACGUCCUGCACCCCCAGUUAGCACCAAGCCAUUCUCUGCUUCUCUGCCUACAGAUGAGCGGAGUGAUGAUAAACUUCUGCCGACAGCCCCUCCAGUGCUUGAUGGGUCCAAUCGCAAGCUUGGCAUGGCAAUAGGAGCCGGGAGCCGUGCGGCACUUGGUGCUGACAGUUCCAGCAGGGAAGUGCCAGCACCCAGAGCGGCAGGAUGCCACACCUCAUCGUGUCCACAGCCAAAGCCUGAGAAGCCCAAGGAAUCCCCUCUAUUAGUAGAUUCGUGGAAUCCUAACAGGGGAGGCCCAAGUUGUCGCCUCCCUGCUCUCCCUCAGAAGGAUGAUUUUGCCACGCAACCAGUGUCAGCUACUAUCUCAGGAUAUGACCGGGUUACGUUUUGGCAAUAUCAUAAAUUAGAGGCCAUUGCUAAUGGGGAUCUUGAACUUGCUGAACAACUUUCUUAUCCGUAUCCCCGGCUGUUCUUGAGUGGCCAAGAGCUUGUGAGUGGGACGACUGGGGCUGCUAUCUCAGCAUACAAUCCAGUUAGCUUUUGGCAACGUAUGAAAUUCAUGGCACUUGAUAGUAGAGAUUAUGAAGUUGCUGAACAAAUUUCUGUACCUUGGUUCCCACACUCCUUGGAUAACCAAGAAGGGCAAAACAAUGGGACUGCAUCCUUUAUAAAAGUCGCCUUUAAAAUUCUCACCCAGUUACGCCAACUAGCUACCCAGCAUGGCCUGGGGUCUGCGGUUGUAACAAGGAUGUUACGACUUCUAGCUGAAUGGGAAAUGACACCCUUUGAUGUCAAGCAAAUAGCGGGGUUGGUCUGUGCCCCGAAGGAAUACGUGAUGUUUGAGUUCAUCUGGAAGGAAAAAGUGGAAAGGCAAGGGCUGCAUAGUUUAGCGGUGCCGCAGCAAGAUCCGUGCUUUGGGGCAGGGGUCUCUCAGCUUCUGGCAUGGUCUCCUGUAAAUAACCCUCAGUUGCAAGCACGCCUAAAUCCCUUGAUAUUGGCCAAGGCAAGAGAUUUAGGAAUGCAGGCCCUGAUGGAAGUUGGAAAAAUGGCAUUGGUGACACCAACUCAGAGUUGCGUAAAAAUUAAGCAGGGCCCCAAAGAGCCUUACAUGCAAUUUAUAGAACGAUUAAAAGAUGCAAUAGAAAAGCAAAUAGCAAAUGAUGAAGCAAAAUAUCUGUUGAUACAGGCAUUGGCACGAAGCAAUGCAAAUGAAGACUGCAAGAAAGCAAUAGACCUAUUACCAGAAAUAAAUCCAUCCUUAGAUGAAAUGAUUGAUGCAUGUGCUGAUGUUGGAACUGUAUCUUUUGAAAUGGCUAGGUUAGCUGAUAACUUGGCAGCUGCUCUAAGGUUGUAUACAUGCUAUGGAUGCGGGCAACUAGGCCACAGAAAAGCAAAUUGUCCCCGUAGGUACAACUCAUGGGGGACACACCAGAAAUGGAGAGCUGUGCCUGUAGUGGGAAACUGCUACCGAUGUGGAAAACCCGGUCAUUUUGCCAAGCAAUGCAGGUCUAAAUUCCACGCAAACGGACAGCCUCUUAGUGGACAGGGAAACUGGAACAGGAGUCCUAAAGGGAGAUGCUUGCAGGCAUGAGCACCUUCCCGUCCUCCAGUGCAGGCCUAUGCACAGGGACAAGAAGAGGAUCUGCUGAUGUGGAUAUGUCUGUUGAUGGCAUUAUAACUUACAGACUUGUUGCAGGUAUAUAAAAUCCCCCUCGAGGCCCAUGGGCCUACUGGGGAGGGAUUAAGUACAUUAUUAUUAGGAUGAUCAAGAGCAACGUUACAGGUUUUUUUUGUCCACCCUGGAGUUACAGAUACAGACUAUACUGGACAAAUAUGUGCUAUGGUAUCAAGAGCUACUCCUCCUGUAUCCAUUCCAGCUAAAAGUUGUAUUGUUCAACUUGUACUUUUUAAGUCUUGUGUUCCUGAAACAGACUCAAAGCUGUGAGGAAACUGAAGCUUUGGCUUUGCUGGGGAACCUGAAGUAUACUGGACUCAGGUCAUGUCUGAUCGAAGAUCAAACGUGGUUUGUGCUCAUACAAUGCCUCAGGCAAAUCCAUCCCACAUCAAGGUCAGUGGGAUGAUAGAUACUGGAGCAGAUGUUAUGAUCAUAUCUGCUUACACAUGGUCUCAGUCAUGGCCCACCAUAGCUGUAGGAUCUGUUGCUGGCCUUGGAGGUACCACACAAAGUUACUGGAGUGGUAAGCCUGAGUUAGUUGAAAAUCCAGAACAGACAGGCACAAUCCAUCCCUAUGUUACUGCUGUGCCACUCACCUGUGGGGAAGGGAUGUCUUGUCAGCAUAGGGGGUGUGGCUGGGAACAGAUCUUUCACAGGGGCCACUGUGCUGAGGGGCAUAAAGGAUCCUACACUAGCCUUACAGUGACUCACUGAUUGACCUGUGUGGGUUCAUAGGUGGCACCUUGAAAAGAAAAACUGAACACUCUUUAAUUGUUGGUUAAAGAACAAUUAAAUCAAGGUCAUAUUGAGCCAUCAGCAAGUCCAUGGAACACCCCUGUGUUUGUGAUUAAAAAGAAAUCAGGUAAAUGGAAGUUGUUUCAUGACUUAAGAAAAAUGAAUACAGUUACGGAAAGUGUGGGUGCUUUACAGCCUGGAGUGCCAUGCCCUGCUACGAUAUCUGCUACCUGGGACAUGUUGAUUGUUGAUUUAAAACUGUUUCUUUGCCAUUCCUUUAUGUCUUGAUGAUAUCCCAAAUUUGUAUUUACAGUGCUCUCUGUCAGUCUUGCAGCAAAGAAGGCCUUUUACAGAUUCAGCCAAAACUGAUGCAAGCACUGCAAGAGUUGCAGUUGCACAUUGCACCUGGAGAGGUGCAACAACAACCCCCAUGGAAAUAGGUAGCAGUUAAAAUGUUACAUCAGACAAUACAACCACAAACAAUUAAAUUUUCAACCAAGAUCCAAACUUUAAAUAAUGCACAAAACCUUUUAGGUAUCAUCAUCAGCUGGAUAUGACCCUAUUUAAGGUUAACUACCCCACAUUUAUCACCCUUGUUUAAUAUUCUUAAAAGUGACCCUGAGUCAACUUCCCUAGUGUUCUGGUUUAGCAUAGCUUAUUUUUUAGUUAAAACCUGUUUUGCCCUCCUCCUAAUCCUUAUCUCACAACAGAAAGUGAGUAAAUAAUUCUAGUGGGUGCACUGGCAUUUGGCCAGUGCUAGACCCAUUUCAGUAAUUGGUGCAUUGGCCAGAAAACUCGGAUUGGCAAAUGAAAAUUGAUGUUUCUGCCUGGUUACUGAAACCACUGCAUCUUUUGGUGGAGAAUACACACAAUUGGUGAAAGCUGUGAGAUAAUUAGGAGAAAUAAAGGGCAAAGCAAGUAUUAAGCAAUAAGUUUAAAUAGAAUGAUAGUGGAAAAUUUAUAUUGUAAUUAUAGUGAAAUGUCUAGGGGUGGAGGUUAUUGUAAGCAGUUUUUUCCUUCUGUUUAGUUUAGUAUUUUUUAUUGUUCUAAGUAGAAGUUGCAUGUUGAAUAUAAUUUUGAUGAUUUUAAAAUGUGUAUUCACAGAGACUAGGGGUGGUGAAUGUUGUGGUUUAACAUAGCUUGGUUUUUAGGUAAAGAGAAAAUCCAUCAGUUAUGGAAGUGAUUCUCUGUGAGGACUGCUAAAAGCUUCCUCUGGGCCCAUCAGAACCAAUCCUCUGGCUAGUUUUGAAUAUUGACACCUUAUUAAACCACUUAAGGAAGCUGAACACGUCCCUGUGUAAUCACAUUUGAAAACAAACAAAACCCAGGAAAAGCUGUCUUGCUUCCAGCUUUUGAACAGGUAACUGGGCACUGGUCAGGCCCACACUUCACCACAUGGCCCACAUGGCCUGGUAGGGCUGGGCUGGGCCUGGCUCUGCUGCAGUGCUGGCCACCCCGAUAAAUUGAUAAUGGCCCUGCCUGUACCUCAGAGACAACUCAUCAAUUCUUGCAGUUAUGGGGCAUGUCACAUCUCACUGGCAUUUCUCAUUCCCCUACAGGCCCAGCCAUUGCUGAGCUUGCCCAUGGCGCUUUGAAGUGCAUUCUUGAGAAACAAAAAGGGCCAAUGUCUGGUGAAACCCCACAAAGUAGGGUGGCCAAAGCUCUGUGCACACUGCAUUGCUUUAUGAUAUCGCCAAGCUCCCAAAACCUUCAUUGCAGUCCUCUUGUGCCGUCCAGUUGCCCAAGCCUGAGGUAUGGGACCUCAUUACCAGCAAGUGGGAAGGUCCUUGGGGCCUUGUGCUUGAGGCUCUGCUCUGGAUCACAGCCAGCAGCACCUCCCUGAGGGCCCCUCAGCUGUGGAACAGAAACAGUGUUUGGGUAUCAGUUGCUGUCUGCAGCUGAUCAGAUUGAAUGGAAUCAGAUUGAUUUUGUCUAUGGCACAGCCAGAACAACCUUUUCCCUCCUGCUUAGUGGGGGUACCCUUGAAUGGCACAUAAACUAUACAAGUAACACAAAAUGUUGUCAAAGUGCGAUGCUCUUCCCAGAACAUUUGUAAUACUAAAACCCCCUUAGGGAGCUAUGGGAUGUUUUAUGAUAAUGAUUUACCUGUUGCUCCAUGUGAACCCCAAGAGUCAGACAUUUUAGGGACAUUAUCAGCAGAAGGGUGUGUGUUUUUUAAUUACACACCAGAACAUGAUAUGUUGGACAGAAGUGGGACAGGAAAGCAAAAUGUUACUCCCAGUAGUUUCUGGAUUAAAGAGUAAACGAAACUUCCUUAAUUUAGAGUGCUAUGGCUGUAGAUGUAGAUAGCAUGUGGCAUGCUGUUGAUUUUCUUUUGUUAGCUCAUGGACACAGUUCUGAAGAGUUUGAUGGCAUGUGUUAUAUGGAGGAUUUUCUGGGAGAGAUCACUGGCUGGAAGAGUUUGGUUUAUCAGGCUAGGUGAAGAGCCUCAUUCAAACUGGGCUUAUAAUUUUUUGUAUUAGCAUAAUUAUUUUGUACAUUGUGCCAUGUUUGUUAUCCUGUUUACAAAGGGCUCUGAGAGGAUGAUAAAGACCACCUUGGUAGUUGAAAUACAAAAAGGAGGAACUAUGAUGGCUAACAGCUGACCUGGCGGCCUCACAGACACAAGUAACCUUGACUUGAUCAGCCUGUACCUGUGAGAAAAGGAAGACUUUAAGGAAGAAAACAAUGAAAAGCUGAAGGACUUAACUGCAAGGAAUGGAUGCUGGCCAAUCUUUUGCCAGCACGUUUGGAGGCAGCUAUUGGCCAGUGAUGUGGGUGGCAACAAGUGACCAGCCAAUUGGGAUUGAAUGUGCUGCUUUUGAAAACCAUAUAAAUAUGAGCUGUGAACAAUAAAGAUCACUAUUCCUGCUUGAACCUUGGCAUGUGUCCAUCUCUGCUGUGAUACAAAUGGAUAUGGGAAGUGUUCAGUGCUGCUCAUGAUGAUUAAAGGAGAAGCGUUCAGGGUUGGAGGAGAGGUGGUCAUGUCCCAGGAGGACAGCCACGAGUGGGAGCUGAGCAAGGAGAAUGUGCAGCCCCUCCGGCAGGGACGGGUGAUGUCCAGCUUGCAAGAGGCACUGUCUCAGCAGGACUCUUCCAGCCACACUGCUCUGCAGCUUAAAAAACAGGAGUUUGAAGCAGAAAUACGAUUUUACUCUGGAGAUGAUCCUCUGGAUGUGUGGGAACGGUACAUCAAGUGGAUAGAGCAGGCCUUCCCUGGGGGUGGCAAGGAUGGCAACCUGACUGCACUUCUGGAAAGGGCAGUGCAAGCCCUGCACGGGCAGCAGCGAUACUACAGAGAUCCUCGCUAUCUGAAUCUCUGGCUCAAGUUUGGCGACUGCUGCAACGAGCCCUUGGAUCUGUACAGUUACCUGUGGAGCCAGGAGAUCGGCACCGCGCUGGCCGCGCUCUACAUCACCUGGGCAGAGGCACUCGAGGCCAGGGGCAGCUUCAGGAAAGCUGAUCUGAUAUUCCAGCAAGGACUCCAGCGCAAGGCUGAGCCUUUGGACAAACUCCAGGCUCAUCACAAGCAGUUUCAGGCCCGUGUUUCUCGGCAGACAUUACUGGCACUUGAGGAUACUCCUGAUGGAGACAAUAUGGGAUUGCUGGAAGUUGCAGAGCCUCAGAGAAUUUCUUUGGCAGAACUCAAAUGCAGAGGGAGGAGAGUCCCCAUCAGUCGUGUCGGAGAUGCAAUUAAAGUCAUGAAGCCAAACAGAAGCUCCCAGCCUCAGGGCUCUCGACAGCUUCCAAGAGCACGAAGUUGUUCUGUAUUUGAGGACAAUUCUGUGUCUGGACCUGAGAUGCCCACACUUGCAGCAGAGUCUUGCCCAAUACCUCCACUUCACAGGGGCAAGGAGAAUGAACGCAGCGCAGGACCGUGGAACUCUGGCAGGCGUCCUCGCAGGACUGGCAGCUCUGGCCUGGCAGUGCCCCCCCCAGUGCCCAGUUUCACCCCCUAUGUGGACGAGCCAGCUGAGCCACAGAUGAUGACACCGUGUAAAAUUGAGCCCAGCAUAAACUCUGUGUUAAGUACUCGCAAAGCUGAGGAGCGGCAGGACCCCCUGCAGCGAGUGCAGCACCAGCAGCAGGAUGCUCAGGCCCGGAAGGAGAUGGUGAUGUACUGCAAAGAGAAAGUUUAUGCUGGAGUGGAUGAAUUCUCUUUUGAAGAGAUCCGAGCUGAAAUCUACAGGAAGAAAGCAAGAAAGAAAGAUGAGGAUGAAAUACAAGCCAUAGAACGCGAGAAGGAAGAAAUACAAAGGGAAAUUGAGGAGCUGGUAAAGAAAUUAAAGAAGAAAGAAGAUUACAAGCAGCAACAGCGACAUGAACAGGCAGCAGAGGUGAUGGCAGCUUUCACACCUUUGGGAAUGCAAGGAUUUGCUUUUCCCAGUGCAAAAGAAUAUGGGGAGAAACAGCCUCAGUCACAAAGUGAAUUCCAGGUCUAUGAAGAUACUCAGCUACAAAAACCAUCUUGUUCUGAGGGUGUAGGUCUGCUUCCCCCACCGGCUGCUGUUCCAUUUUUCUCUAUAUUUGAUGAAUCCUCUGCUUUGACACAUCAGAAUACAAGUUGUUCAGCAGAUGGUGCCCAUGAGAAAAGUGCCCGUCAGCCUCUCGCUGUUCGUGAUGCUGUGGAUUCUCUGAGUGCCAAGGAAAGCACGGCAGCAGCAGCAGGAGCCUGUGAUGAGCUGAAUGGAAUUGAACGCUUGAGUGAGGAUGCAAUUGUGACGGGCUCCUACAAGAACAAGAGCCUUUGUGCCAACCCAGAGGACACGUGUGACUUUACCAGGGCUGCCCACCUGGCCUCAACGCCCUUUCACGGGGUGGGAGCUCAGAGACUCCCAGCUCCUGCUUUCUCUCAGGGUGAGCUGAAGGAAGAUAGUCCAGAAUCCAGGGGUGCACCACUGAAUCAGGAGACACCAGUGGGUGAAGAGGCAUUCACUGAAGUUCUCAGUGUAAAGAAACUGAGCCCCAUCAUGGAAGCAAGCCUGGAAGAUACUCACUCAUCGGCUGCUUCGGUCUCUGGAGGUUCUCUGUCCUCUGUUACACAAACAUCUGCUAUUAAAUACCUGCAGAUCAGUGAGAAACUGGAGCUGGCUCAGAGCUUGCCUGCUGAAGGGGUUACUGAUGAUGAUGUGGCUCAGUUCCCGUGGAGCCCUGAACAGCGUAAAAAGCUUUUAGAUUCUGUGCUGCCAUCACUGGCUGCCUCUCCAGAUUUUCACCUGGAGGCUGGAGCUCUGCCUCACAUGGAGCCUGAGAAGGACGUUGAGCUGGGAAAUGAGACUUACUGCAUCAAAAUGGAAUAUUGGAACGAUGAAGAAUACAAGAUGCUUUUUGCUAUUCCAACUGGAUGCAUUUUGCAGUCGGGUUCAAAGGGAUUUGCAAUAAAGGUGUAUUCUCAGCCUGUGCCUUGGGAUUUUUAUAUCACCCUUGAGCUACAGAAGCGUUUGAAUUCUGACUUUGACCAGAGCUUCAGUGAGAAUUGCAGCUGUUACCUGUACCAGGAUGGCUGUGCCAUUGUGCACAAGGAUACAAAUUGCUUCACACUGAGGGAUAUUCUCUGUGACCGUAAGUUCAUCACAAAGGAAAUCAUCUUCGUGGUUGUUCAUGAUCUUCUGCAUGUGGUAGAGAAGCUGCACAAAGCUGAGAUUGUCCAUGGAGAUCUGAGGCCAGAGGUGUUCUUCCUGGGAGACAGGAUCUGCGAUGCCUUUUCUGAUGAGGAGGUGCCAAAUGCUCUGAAGGUGGUGGAUUUCUCUCACAGCCUGGAUUUGAGGGUACUGCCUCGAGUCAGCUUGCCCUAUAACUGUCCCACAGCUCACACCCCUCAUGGACAGCAGCUUCUGGCAGAAAGUUCUCUUCCUUAUCAGGUAGACUUGGUUGGCAUUGCAGAUAUAGUCCAUUUGCUGUUGUUUGGGGAUCAUAUCCAGGUCUAUCAGGAGAAUGCCAUCUGGAAAAUCAGCCAAGACUUAUCAAAGACUCCUGACAGUGAUUUCUGGAGUAAACUUUUUGAGAGAAUUCUGAAUGCAGAUGGUAAGUCCACAGUACCUCUGCUGAGGGAGUUAAGAGAGGAAAUCAGUGAAAUGUUUGACAGCUCUUUCAAAGAACGACUUUUGUUGACCUUAACUGCUGUGGGAGAAACUUUCCUCCUGGUGAACUUCCAGUGACUUCAUAGAAAACAAACACAUUUUGUAUUCUAGAGAAGAAUUUGUUGUUGCUUUUUUGUUUUCAAAUGUAAACAUGAGAGUGAUUGGAGCCAUUUCUGCAAUACUUCACAUGGGACUUGCUCAAGAAUGUUUCUAUUGCAUGAGUGUGUGGAAAACCUCCUGAGCCUCUACAUGAACCUUUUUGUGUUGGAGCAGUUUGUGAGAAAAAAUUGUUUUGUCUUAACUGCCACCUCCCCUUCUUGUACAGCUCCUUAAAAAUUUAACACCUAACUUGCACCCCACUCUUUGAAAUGUCUUUGUCCUGCAUUCAGUUGGUCCUUUAUUGGUGUUUAAUCAAUAAAGUUGUGUUUUGGUAGUGAGUAUCAUAUUUAACAUUGCUAUCAAAUGGUUUCAAAAGACUUCAUUUAGAAUCCAUGCAGAAGUGCUGCUGCCUGACUGGGAAUAUUUUGUGGCUGCUGGAUGCAAAAGCCUCUCAUUUGGUGGCAGCUUUCAUAACCACAUGGGAUUUCCUGGACACCUGAAUACAGCUUGAAUGAUUCUACAUGGAAUGUGUUCUUGUAGAAAGUUGCCACAAGAAGAAGUAGAUGAAGCCAGAAGUGGAAAAGCUGCACACAUAAACCAUUUUUCUUCUUAAGGCAAGAGUUUUGUUUACUUUUGCAAGGGCUGAAGUUCCUGACUGGAUUUGAGCAUCCCUGAAAUCUCAAUUUGUCCUAAGUGAUGUGUUGGCAGGCUUUUGUGGGAGGUUUUGGGGAUAGUUAUAUGUGUUAACCUUUUAUGUACCGCAUUACUGAAACCAGUACAAAGGCUUCAUUUUAUUCAAGACAACAGAAUUUACCAGAUCCAAACCCAGGGUGGUACUAUGUACUUGAAGUGUAGGGAAACUUCUCAGACUUGGGAUUUACUUCCUUACAGCUUCUCCCACACAGGAAAGUGAGAGUAGACAACUGCAUCAUUAGCAAUUUCUUCUCCCUAAGAAGCCAAAUGGACUGUGUUUUUUCAUUUUGUUGAAUUCACCAGCCAUGGUUCUAUUUGGUCCUCCCCCUUUGUGUUACCUUCAAAUUUUGAGGGGGAACUCAGUUUUGUCUUUUCCACAUUGCUUCAAGCCACCUUCUUUCCUGCUUUGUUUCUGCAUAUUCCAUCACUGUUCCUGUUACUUUGGCCUGUCUUCUUUUUGCUGUCUUGGAUUCCUAAUACCUUUUUUUACACUUUCUCUGAGAGGGUUAGGGUUACAUAUUCUAAUUCAGGAAUAGGACCUAAAUGCCCUGGUAGACCAGCUUUAAUAUCGAAUGUAAACUGCUGCUGAAGAAUUUAUUUUGGUCCAUUAGUGCCUUAAUUAAUGCUUCUUGUAGUACAUUGAUUAGUCAUGUGUUGAGCUAGCAGAUAAACAAUGCUCUGUCUCUAACCAGAGUUUAGAGCCAAGAUCACUGGUAGAGCACUCAGGAAUCCAAUGCACAGCUAACUUCUGCUAGCUCUAAAAGGAUGCCAUGUUUGUUCUUUUAUUUAACUGAUUUUUUUUUGCUUUUGCUGAUCCUUUAACUGUUAGGCAAAAUCUGGGGAAUCUCAUUUGCUGUCCUCUCACUUGCAACUUUUUCAGUUUAUAUCCUGCAGCACUGAGCUGAAUUCCAGGUAGAUUAGGAAGAGAAGGCUCCUAACAAAGUUUCAGUCAUCCCAAGGACUUCUCAGACAAGGCGUGUUUGUAGCCAGUACAGAACAACUUCACUGUGUCUAAUUUGCACAGAAAGCUUUUGAGGACAGGCUGAGCAGAGAUAAGAGCUCUCAGCAGAAGUUCAGUAGAGGAAAUCUGUUCUUCAGGUCUUUAAAAUAUGUAAGUGAACCUAUUUGUCGGUACUUAAAUGAGAUCUAAAUCACAGCUGCAAUACUCCACUGUUACUUUUUUGUUGGCAUCUGUUUUCUUUCUAAACAAAAAGUGUGCUAAGCCUUCUCUGUCUAAUAUGGCUGCCUACAAUCAGUUACUCUUCAUCUACCUCCCUGACAACACAAAACUGCCCCCCAGUAGUGUAAAAACAGAAACAGCCAUGGCAUUAUCAAUUUCUCCAUAAUAAACACACCCAAAUAAUGAAGAGGAGCAAGCAGGUACAACAAGAACCAGCAGUCAUCUCUUGUGAUGUUUGUUCCCACUCCUGCUUUGACGAACUCUGCCUCUCUGCUGCCUCCCCUCUACCAUGAGCUGAUUGCACCAACAUGGAACAGGAACUGAGGGAGCUCUUGGGACAUCCCUGUUGUGUGUUCAAGUAACUGCCUCUAACCUUCAACAAGCUUUUCCCAAGCAUCACUUUUUGCAUCAUUGUGUAACACAGAGGUGCUCUGUGACCUUGCAGGCUGGGAUUGCCACAAGGUCAUGAAGUAGGAGACACACCAGCCUUGCCUGCAGGAUAUUUGGAGAUGAAAACUGUCUUAAUACUUUCUGAGGGAAAAGAGGCAUUUAUAAAUCCUGACAGGACAAAAUGUUCCACAGCAGGUAGAGGGUAAAAUGAAAUUGUGUGACAGCCAGAUGUAGAAGUCCUAGUGAAGUUAUCAUUAAAAAAUAGAGUGAUGGAAUCUGGGCUAUGGAAAAUUUUAAUGCCUAUUAUAUAAAUAAAAGUGCACAA